AUGUUCAACAACAACAACAACCUUAAUCCAUGCAUUGGUGCCUCCAACACCAUUCAUGUCAACCCAACCGAAAAUACUACUACCAAAUCAAACCAACGUCCAAGUGAUGUGGAUCAUGGUGAAGGAUUGCACCAUAUGCAUGUGCCUUCCUCUGUGGCUUCCUUGAAUUCAUUGAGUGAUGUCUCUCAACCUGUUCCUUCCACUCAUGAGUUCCAAUCAUCACCUACCCAUGGACCUGCGUUGUUCAAGAAGGCAAAUUCAGAGGUUGGAAGUGAGAACUUUUCUUCCACUUCUGGAGAGAACUUUUCUUCUACGACUGAUCAUCUCUCAAGCUUGUACAAGAUGACACAAGAGGUCAUGCUCUUUCUUUACACCAUGCAAAAUAACUCGAGAAGACUUGGAUGGAAACAACAUCUUGUCGAUUUGGUUUUACAUGCUCAGAUGUUUUGGAGUUUCCUUUUCAUUCCAGUGUUGAGCCCACAAGACUUUUCGUUUGGACAAUGGGGAAGUUGGAUAUUUACCAUUGCCAAUUGGUCGACUACUCUCUCGAUGGAUUUACUUCCUUUUUAUGGAGCAUUGGGAAUGGCCAGUGCUUCCUUAGUUCUCUUAUUGAUCAUGAUCAUGUUGUACAUUAUUGGAAAGAAAGCUGCACGUGAAACAUCUGCUAUGGUGGUGUAUUUGAGAAAGAUUCUUCACACUCUCUCUUAUAUGAUCAUUCUAUUGUCGACACCGACGGCGUUUAUCUUUUCUGGCUUCUUUGAUUGUAAUUAUGGAUUCCAAACAAGGCCUCAUGUGUUUACUUCUGUGGUCCAUCAUCAUGCAGUCACCAGUCAAGCUCUCAACAACACACAACCGUCUUCUUUCAUGGAUCAAGGUGGUGAUCAAAAAACUCUCAAUAGAUUUCCCACGAUUGCUUGUUUCGCAAGCGAGAAUAUCAUCAUGUGGACAAUUGCACUGAUUGGAAUGAUUGCACUCCUUGUAUUGACUGUAUUGUCUUCUUGUAUCAUACCACACAUGCAUCCAUUAAGCACCUCUCUAUUCAAGAGUGAUUCUAUAGUUUUUAGAGUGAGCUUUCUAUGUUGUAACAUUAUUUCAAUCACCAUUCAUUAUCUUAUACCUCCGCAUUUUGCCUUUGCACGAUCCUCUGUUCAUAUAAUCGUUAGCUUUGCAAUGUCCUAUUUAGUCUUUAAAACCAUUCCAAUGAUGAGAAGAUGGGAAAAUUCUCUUGUCUUUGCCAUCACCGCAUGUCGAUGGGGAACUUCUAUCGGCGGGCUCAUUUCCCACUUAUCAAAUUCGACGACAUGGAGUGAUGAAUUGGGAAUUGCAAUGGCCUUGUUAACCAUUGGUUUGAUGGUUCUUUUCUUUAUUAUUGGCUUUGUAGGAAUGGAAAUCUAUACGAGGAUUGUUGUUAAAAAGUUCAAGAGCAUGUAUUUUAAUUUCCAAAAAGACAAUGAAGGAGAACGUGAAUUAUUGCAAUUGUUUCAAGUAAUGGAUGAUAACAAGCAUUUACCUCUCUUAUAUUUGUUUCUAAAGUUUUCCAUGACUUUAUCCAAUCAGAAUGAUUUACUUCAAGGUAUUAAUUUUAUUCGUGGUGUGAUCUCUUUAAGAACUUUCAAUGACAUUCAUUCUCUCAUAAUUUCCUCUCAAAUUGUGGCCUAUUAUAUGCCUGACGAAAUUAAUUCAACAAACUUUGCUCAUGCCUUGUUAAAGAAGGCCAUGAAACAACGUCCAAACUUAUAUCUCAAGUUCCUUAUUGGCCAAAAGAAAAAAGAGAUUGAAGUAUUCACAUCUGAAGUGAUUAAAACAGAUGGAUCUAUCGAAUUAAAGGAAACACUUCUAAAAGUGGAAAAGAAAACUCGAGAAUUAACAGCAAUUCAUAGACACUUUUUUAAGGAGCUCAUGCAAGAGAUUGUCUCUUAUGAUAAACUUGAACGAAUGAUGAUUCGUUGUGCCCUAUUAGAAGGAGAAUGUGAUUCUAUUUUCAAACAUGUUCUCAAACUUUAUCAUACCGAUAAAACUGUUCUGCGAAUGUAUGCACAAUAUUUGGAAGAAUUCAAAUUCAACAAACAGCUGGCUCAGGAAUAUUAUGUCGAGGCCUCUGAUAUCGAAGAAGAAGAAUCUCUUCGAAAAAGCAUCUCAGGUUAUAGAAAUUUAAGAAAUAGUGGCAUUAAGAAGAUUCUUAAAAUAAGCAAGACCUGUGUUGUUCAUCCAGAAACAGAGGAUCAUGUGGUGACAUCGCAAGAGGUAGACAAGAGAUAUCGUUCUAAAAACUCUCUAACUUUUAAUGUCCUUUCAAAGAAUUCUAAUUCAGAGGAGAGACCGUUCGAGUUGGAAAGAGGGAAUGGUGAGAACAGUUUGGAUUUCACUGGAGUUGAUACUUUGAACAAUGAAGCAAAGAGAGAACUAACUUAUCGAUCCACAUUGUCAACACCAUCUUCGAGAGUGAUUCAACAAGGGCUGUUAGGAGUGUUUAUUGUAAUUUCUAUUCUUCUCGUCACAACAAGUUUAUUAAUGGGCUAUUUCAUUUCUCAUGAGGUGACAGAUCAUGUGACAACGACAAGAAGUGCUUGCGCACCUAUUAUGGGAAUAACAACAAUAAUGAUCAAUUUACGAGGAUUCCAAUUGGUACAUUGGUUUGGAACCGAACGUUUUACCUAUGACCUAUCGACUCAGAUGUUUCUAAGUCUUGAUGAAAAUAAGAAAAUGAUGGAAGAAAUGAGUAAUUUGGCCAUUCAGUUAAGAGAAGCUGCUUAUAACUCAAAGUUCUCUAAUAGAAUUUACUCUGUAUAUCAUGGACAAAGUUUUCCUAUACUAAUUCCUCAAAUUGAAAACAAUAACAUCAGAGUAUUCAAUGUUACUACACAAGAAAAUGCCACAAUGGCCGAUAUUAAUAACAUGAUCAUUGAAGCUUCAGAAGUAUUACUUAACUCUGACGAGAGUGAACUCCUUCAAACCUUGACCAGUUAUGAGUUCAUGUUUUUACAUCGAAACUUUGCCACCUUUUUACAUGCUUAUUCAACCUUUUGCAACGAAUUUAUGAACUCUUCUCAAAACGAUGCUCUUGAAUUGAAUCAUACUUUUAUCGUUUUUACAUCUGUUACCCUUCCUAUUUAUAUUCUCUUUUCAAUCUUUUUUAUGAUUUUCAUGAGGUUUGAUUUGGUCAUUGUAAAGAAGCAAAUUAAGCUGUUACAAAAAUUUGUGACAAGAAAUGAGAUUGGAAAGAUUUAUCACGAACUCGGAAAGAAGAUUGGUGACGAAACAACUAUUCACAUUUCAAGAGCGGCAUCUCUCAAACCCAAAAAUUUGUUUAUCCUACUUUCAAUCACUGUUGUGUUCACGGUCACUCUUAGUUGUGUUUUGUUUUUGGAGCAAACACUUUCAAAUACUAAUUUUUGUGUCAGAUCCUAUUCGACCAUCAGAAACAGUUAUGGCACUCUCACUUUUAUUCAACGUCUCGCCUUUUAUGUCACUGAAAUAUUCACUUCAAAAGCAAUUGCCAACCAAACACAAUUAUUGGGAAAUGAAAAGCUAGAAUAUUUCCACAACGAUUUCAAUAAUAUUGUGACUUCUCUUCGCCAGUAUUGGGGGAAGUGUUUGUUUGGAUCCGAUUCACAAUCAGAGAUUGACAACAGAGUGAUUGGUCUAUUUCCUGAAACAGAUGAAAUGAUUAAGGGCAACGAAGAUUGCACUCUUGAGAAAGUUUUACACGAAUCCACCUCUCGUCAUAACCUUUCAUGUGUGGUUGGAGUGGACAGUUCAAUUUCAGAGAUUGUUUUGAAGAGUAGAAAAUUGAUCGAAAACGUGGAAGCGAUUGACAGCUCCAUGUUGCAAAAUAUUGACUUUUUCAUGGAUGUUGCUUUUCUGACAAGUUACAUCUCUCAAGUGUUGAUUGAAUUUUCAGACGUAUUCGCAAUUGCCUCUUCUGAACCCAAAUUAGAUGUAUUUACAGCAGUUGCAGUGCUUGCUUUUGUGUCCUUGACAUUAUUGCUAUUGUUUUUAGUCAACUCUAUGGCUCUUCAUGAAAAAACCACUUACAUCAUGCGAAUGAUGUUCAAUUAUAUUUCUCUUGAAACGAUCGAGAGUAACGAACGCUUGAAAAAUUAUGUUUUAUAUCAUUCCUUAAUAAGCUUUUUGGAAAGGUUUAAUCGCCAUGCGAAUUCAGACAAUUCAGACGCCAAACUUGUUUCCAUUUUGAAUGCAUCGGUUGAAGGAGUUGUGAUGUGUAAUUCGGCACUGGGAAUGGAAAUUGUGAACCCUGCCUCUCUUAGAAUGUUUGGAUAUCAACAGGAAGAUGUUUUUGGAAAGUCAUUAGUGUCACUGUUUGAAAAGAGUAAACAAGAAUCAAUAAGAAAAGAAAUCGAAUCAAUGAAAUCAAGCGUGACUGAACAUGAGUCAAAAGGAGAAACCUUUGAUGCGGAUUGUCUCAGAAAGAACCAAACCUUGUUUCCUGCCAAAGUAACUGUAUUCAUUUCCAUCUUUGAAACCCAAAUUGUCACCUGUUUUCUCAAAGAUGUAACCAGUGAAAAGAAACAAAAUUCUCUUCUUGCUGAAGAAAAGAAGAACAGUGAAAAGUUGCUUCUCAACAUCCUUCCUGAGGUUGUUGCUUCUCAGUUAAAGAAUGGUGUUUCUCUAAUCGCCAAUAAGUUUCCAGAUGUGACUUGCUUUUUUAGCGAUAUGGUCAAUUUCACAGAAAUAUCAUCCGCCAUGUCUCCUACAGAUUUGGUAACCAUGCUAAAUAAUAUUGUCAAUGGAUUUGACAACCUUACCGACACAUAUGAACUUGAAAAAAUCAAAACCAUUGGAGAUGCAUAUUUUUGUGCUGGCGGAUUGUUUAAUAGCUUGUCAGAUCAUCCUGAGCGAAUGCUCCGUUUUGCCAUGGAUACCUUUUCAGUGAUUCGAGCAUUUAACAGCAGUUUGAUGACAGAGUUUUAUAGAGCAUCUCUCAAUGAAAAUCUCUCACCUCCUCAACAAAUCAACAUUCGUUGUGGCAUCAAUACGGGUAGUGUGGUUGCAGGAGUUAUUGGAAAGAAAAAGUUUGCCUACGACUUGUGGGGAGAUACCAUCAAUGUUGCCUCGAGAAUGGAAUCGACAUCCUUGGCUGGAAGAAUUCGAAUUAGUCGUUCAACCUACGAACGAGUCCACGAUCUAGAUUUGACAUUUGUCGAAGAAAAGAUUGUUGUGAAAGGUAAAGGCGUGACACAAACUUAUUUAUUGAACGCUUGUCAUCAUGUUUGUGCUCUAUUGACGCCAGAAGAAAUCGAUCUACUCAUAAGAAAUGAAAAUGAUCCAUUAAGCGUCGAGAGACUCACUCAAAACAAUUAA